UUGCUUUUUUGAAAAUCUAAAAUCUUUUGCUUUGAAAAAUAUAAAUUUCUCUUGUGAACCUAAAAAGGGCAUUGUUUAUUUUUGUAUCAAUUUUGAUUUUUGAGUCCUUUCACCGUAGCUAGAUAGAGAGAUGGAGAGUGGGAAAAGAUCAGAAGCCGGGCCGUCAGUAGGUGUUAGUGAGAAGCAAGAAAGAGAACAAAGGGAAAUGAAUGAAAAAUCAUUGGCCGUUGAAGUUUGUGAUGACCAUGAAAAAAAAGAAGAAGAAGAAGAUGAUGAUAAGGAAGAUGGUGCUGAAACUUUGACUGGUUUUGUUCCUGGCCCUCUCCUUUCCCUCAAGGAACAGAUAGAGAAAGACAAGGAUGAUGACAGCUUAAGAAGAUGGAAGGAGAAGCUUCUUGGUUGUGUUGAAGGAGACCUAAAUGGCCAAAUGGAACCUGAAGUCAAAUUCCACUCCAUGGGAAUUAUUUCUAAUGACCUUGAGGAAGUUUCUCAUCCAUUGCCAUUGGAUUCAAAUCGUGAAGGCCUUGUUUUGUUUACUCUCAAGGAAGGAUCUCGAUAUCAGCUUAAGUUAACAUUCAGCGUUCUGCACAACAUUGUUUCUGGCUUAACCUACUCCAACACCGUGUGGAAGGCGGGACUAAAAGUUGAUCAAAACAAAGGAAUGCUGGGUACCUUUGCUCCUCAACGAGAACCGUACGUACACAUUUUGGAUGAAGAGACUACACCGUCUGGGGUUCUGGCAAGGGGAAUUUAUUCCGCAAAUCUUAAGUUCGAAGACGAUGACCGAAGAUGUCACAUGGAACUCAAAUAUGCCUUCGAGAUAAAGAAGAGCAUCUAGCUGAGUUUUUGUAGUGUUUUGUCUCCUGUUCUCUCCCUAUAGCUUGUUUUUCUGGGUUAUGAACUACAUACAUUGCUUGUGGGAGUUAUCGAUUUGAUAUCUAUGUUGAUUUUUGUGUCCCAACAAUUCUACUAAA